GGAAAUACCGUCUCUCUCUCUCUCUCUCUCUCUCCGCGUUCACCCUCCCAAUCCAAGGAGAGAGAAAGCAAUCAUCAUCGAAGGAGAAGAUACUAUUACUCUGAUAUUUUUUGUUUGUUUGAUUCGUCCUCCGCGGAAUUCAUUUCGUGUAUACGUAGAUAUAUGCAAAUCUGUAUAAAACCCUAGUCGUCAUAGUUGUGGCGGAAUUUUGAAAUCCAAUGUAUUGGUCUCCGAAGAGACCCCAAACGACCAAUUGGAUUGGAUACACUUCUCAUUCUCGAUCUUCGAAUUGCGGUGGUGGAUCUGAUCGUGAGAAGAUUGCGGGUGGGUUAAUAGGGGAUAAGUAUUAUUGGGAUUGCGGAUUGUGGUGGUGUUCAGUUAGAGUUUUGGCCGUCGUGGAGGGGGACGAUGCAGCUACACUUCUCACCUAGCAUGAGAAGUAUAACGAUAUUGAGCAGCAAUGGGGUUUCUGACUUGAUGAAGGUCAAGGUCGCUCGCCAAAUCUCUUACCGUACACUGUUCCACAGCAUCCUCAUCCUCGCUUUCUUGUUGCCGUUCGUCUUCAUUCUCACUGCGGUUGUUACCCUAGAAGGUGUCAACAAAUGCUCCUCAUUCGAUUGUUUAGGUAGGCGAUUGGGACCAAGGCUUCUUGGUAGGGGUGAUGAUACAGGGAGACUGGUUAGAGACUUCUACAAAAUUCUCAAUCAAGUGAACACCGAGGAAAUCCCAGCUGGCCUAAAGCUCCCAGGGUCAUUUAGCCAACUUGUUUCUGAAAUGAAAAACAUCAAGUACAGUGCAAAGGAGUUCGCAUUGAUUUUAAAGGGCAUGUUGGAGAGAUCGGAGAGGGGGAUCAGGGAAUCAAAGUUCUCAGAACUAAUGAACAAGCACUUUGCGGCAAGUGCCAUUCCAAAAAGCAUCCACUGUCUGUCUCUUCGUCUGACUGAUGAAUACUCUUCCAACGCCCAUGCACGCAAACAGUUGCCUCCACCAGAAUUAUUGCCUUUGCUUUCUGACAACUCAUAUCAUCACUUUGUAUUGUCAACGGAUAACAUUUUGGCUGCCGCAGUUGUGGUCGCUUCUGCUGUCCAGUCAUCUGUAAAGCCUGAGACAAUUGUCUUCCAUGUUGUCACGGACAAGAAAACAUACGCAGGCAUGCACUCAUGGUUUGCCCUGAAUCCUGUCUCUCCUGCUAUAGUUGAAGUUAAAGGUAUUCAUCAGUUUGACUGGCUAACAAGAGAGAAUGUUCCAGUGCUUGAGGCGGUGGAAAACCAUUAUGGGAUUCGGAAUUAUUACCAUGGGAAUCAUGUUGCUGGGGCCAAUCUCAGUGAUACAACUCCAAAAAAAUUUGCCUCAAAACUGCAGGCUAGAAGCCCAAAGUACAUAUCAUUGCUCAACCAUCUUCGCAUAUAUCUGCCAGAGCUUUUUCCAAACCUUGACAAGGUUAUUUUCUUAGAUGAUGACGUGGUAAUUCAGCGUGAUCUGUCUCCUCUGUGGGAUAUUGACCUUGGCGGAAAGGUUAAUGGAGCAGUUGAAACUUGCAAAGGUGAAGAUGAGUGGGUAAUGUCCAAGCGGUUCAGGAACUACUUCAAUUUUUCCCAUCCCCUCAUAGCUAAGAAUCUGGACCCUGAUGAAUGUGCAUGGGCUUAUGGAAUGAAUAUCUUUGAUUUACGUGCAUGGAGAAAGAAAAAUAUAAGGGACACUUAUCAUGCGUGGCUGAAGGAGAAUCUGAAGUCAAACCUGACAAUGUGGAAGCUUGGAACUUUACCUCCAGCUUUGAUUGCAUUUAAAGGUCAUGUUCACCCAAUUGACCCUUCGUGGCACUUGCUUGGUUUGGGUUAUCAGAAUAAUACCAGCAUUGAUAGUGUGAAAAAGGCUGCUGUAAUCCACUACAAUGGCCAGUCAAAGCCAUGGUUGCAGAUAGGCUUUGAACAUCUCCGGCCGUUUUGGACCAAAUAUGUCAACUACUCCAAUGACUUUGUUAGGAAUUGCCACAUAUUGGAGUAGUGGUAAUCAGUCAACUACAAUUGCUGAAACAACACAAAUGAGACAAAAGACCGAACCACUAAGGGGUUUCCUCAAGUCGCUUUUGCUCUACAGAAGUUUGUCAAUAUAUAUUUGAGUAGAGACAAAAUGGAUAAACAUCCAACAUCUUGAUUUGCUGAUGUCCCCCAUCCCACCUUUCAAGGAAGAAGACCUGCAUCACUAGUAAAUGCAGGAGUUAUAUUCUUUCAGCUGGUGGCAUAGCAGUUCAUCAUCUACUUUUUGCUUGGCAAAGGGGACAAAUUUUUGGCCUUCCUGAUGGGGUUUUUUUCUAUUACAAGGUUUGGUAGAAAAUUAUCUUAGCAUUGCCCUCUGUCAUUCCAAUCGGUGCAUGGAAGAAGUUAGAAUGCAGGUCCUUGUAAGGUUCCCACUUUAGCCCAAUUAACCUUAGAAUUGAUUUUUUUUUCCAUUCAAUAUCCCCCCUUGUUGCUAUUGCUCUCAUUUUUUUCCAGCUAUUUUUGAUUCUAUGUAGUUAUUGUGAUUUUUAGGUGGUAAGCCAUGGAUAUUUCUAUGAUACAGUUCCCUUUGAAUUGGGGAACUGUCUUAGGUUAUAUGUCGGUUAUUUAUCAUAGACAAUUCAUGAGAAAUAUUUAAAAUGUGCAGAUAA